AAAAAAAAAAAAAAACCUUGGACAAGCUAAAGAGAGAGCUUUAUCAAUUUCAAUGGCGUCGCGCUCCCUCUUUCUCAGUCUCAGACGGAGAAGCAGCAACUGCAGUUUGUCAAGGCUGUUGUCGUCGGGCGCCGCCAGCACCGAAUACAUGGACGAAUAUUUGAAUAAUUCGGAAACCGAUGAUCUGAAAAGCCGCAUUUUUCGGCUGCGUCUUCCGAAGCGGAGCGCCACUACCGUAAUCGACAAAUGGGUCGGUGAGGGCAACCGAGUUUCCAUUUCCGACCUCCGCCAAAUCUCUAAGGAACUCAGGAAAUCCCAGCGUUUCAAGCAUGCUCUCGAGAUAUCAGAAUGGAUGGUUACUCAUGAAGAGUACAAGUUAUCAGAUUCUGACUAUGCAAUUCGUAUUGACUUGAUGACAAAAGUUUUUGAUAUUGAUGCUGCUGAACGCUAUUUUGAAGACUUGCCUCCGACUGCAAAGACUAGUGAAACAUACACUGCUCUUCUCCAUUGUUAUGCAGCUGCAAAAUUGACUGAAAAGGCAGAAGAGCUUUUUGAGAGGAUAAAGGGGUUGGCCUUGUCAUUCUCUGCCCUUACGUACAAUGAGAUUAUGACUCUUUACAUGUCAAUUGGGCAGCUGCAGAAGGUUUCUUUGGUCGUAGAAGAACUGAAAAGACAUAAGGUCGCACCAGAUAUCUUUACUUACAAUCUGUGGAUAAGUUCAUGUGCUGCGGCUCUAAACAUUGAUCAAGUUAAAAGGAUUCUGGAUGAAAUGAGAUGCGACUCUGCUUGCAAUGAUGGCUGGGUGAGAUAUAUUAGCCUCGUAACUGUUUAUGUUAACGCUAGCCGUCUUGCAAAUGCUGAGUCCAGCUUUCCUAUUGAAACAGAGAAAGGCAUCACACAAAGGGAAUGGAUAACUUAUGACUUCCUUGUUAUGCUGUAUGCUGGCUUGGGAAACAAAGAUAAAAUUGAUCAGAUAUGGAAAUCGCUAAGAAUGACCAAACAGAAAAUGACAAGCAGAAAUUACAUAUGCAUUUCGUCUUCAUAUCUGAUUCUUGGGCAUUCCAAAGAAGUGGGAGAGGUUAUUGAUCAAUGGAAGCAGUCUAACACCACAGACUUUGAUAUCUCUACCUGUAAUAGGAUUUUGAGUGCAUUUACAGAAGUUGGGUUGACUGAGAAAGCCCAUGACUUACAUUUGCUUCUGAUUCAGAAAAACUGCAGCCCUACAAACGAGAAAAGUUAUAUUGGAGUUUAAUGUGGCUAGGGAAGAAAAUUUGUGAGAACACCUCCGUGGAGGCUGGAAUUCAGGAAGAAACCAUAAGCACGCGUGAAAAUCUUGUAGCCUUGCCUUGUACUUUGCAGUUCCGAGAUAUGGCCGACUUUGGGUACUGGUGAUGGGUUUUUGACACCCAUUUUCUGAAAUGUAGGAUCCAUGCAUUCUUAAAAUUUAAACUAUUUGCCUCUUUCGUAAUAUAAAAUCAGGUGAACUUGCAUACUUUCACGGUAACUGAUGAAUGAAGAAACGAACACAGGAGUUUUAUAGCUGCUGUUUGUUU